GCCGCUCCGGUGGACGGCGCGGCGGGUGCUGCCCCCGAAGAGGCCGUCGAGGAAAAGACGCAGUUCGACGUCAGGCUCCUCGGGUUCGACGCCAAGUCGAAGAUCAAGGUCAUCAAGGAGAUCCGGGCGAUCGCGGGCCUCGGCCUGAAGGAAGCCAAGGAUUUGGUGGAGGCGKCACCGAAGGUGAUCCAGAAAGAUCUAAAGCGAGAAGCGGCCGACGAGCUCAAAGAAAAAAUGGAGGCGCUGGGAGCACAAAUCGAGAUUGUCUGAGGGAGUGCCAACCCCGAAACAGAAGACGACMAGGUGACGCUUGGACAAGAUUACCGGGAAACGAAACGAAAAUAYAAGCAAAGGAGAGGCUCUCAGGUUUUGGGUGAAGCCUCUCGGAAAGCGUCCUAGAAAUGGGUGUCUUUGCUGCCGAAAAAUAGACAUGCGUGUUGUACUUCCUCAUGGUUAUACGUAGCGUUGUACUACUGGAUCAUUAAMAUAGUAUAUGUGCGUCUCGAGAUCCCCUUAAAAGUAUAAGYCAAUCAAUAAUACCACCACCAAUUUUGAUUCUUUGUCUUGGAGUGUGUAUCGAGCAACUGUCACAGUGUCCAUCAUGGUGCUGUACCACUGGAUUAUCCUCCUAGUUUGUCUUCGAGAAUUUUUCAACAUUUCUCUAUCUAUUUUCUGUCCUACGAUUUCGAGUGCAAGGCCAACAGAGGGCUUAUUCUGCACUGCUCUUCCUUUGGAUUUCAUACUACUUGCAAAGAUUAGAAGAUUUUUUAACUAAUUUAUGGCUCUAUUGACUCUCCRUAUUAUGAAACCGCUACAUCCACUGCUGUAUAUAGAUACAGUUUGACUUCAACAAUGCGUUCAAAGCACCGUAUUCGGUUCCUACUACACUCUACCAUUCAUCAAACGASAAUCAUUAGUUUUUCGCCUCCGAAGCAGUGUGAAUUWRUUAUUGCAAAAACGGAGAAUGGCUGUCAUUGUGGUGGUGAUGCAGUUCCUCGUCGCCAUCGUCGUUGAUUCCCCAGUCUACAACGACAAAGUUAUCCUAUCCGCAACAGAAUGUGGGAUCCACUCUUUGUGUCSACGAUCGAUUUGGUCAGCUCCCCAAUCUUCAAACGGAACGAAGCCUCCUCGAAGGCAGGUUGCAUCCUCUUCCGCCCAAAGAAUCCCAAAUCGCCUCCCCGUUUCGCCGACGAACAAUCGGAUUCGGUCCGUGCGAGUUCCUGAAAGGUAGCACGGAGCUCGUUCAGGUCUCCCUCUUCUUCCUGMAGAAUCUCCAGGAGGCCCUCCAGUUCCUCGUGGGAUUCUUCUCUCGUCUGCGUGAUUUUCGGGGCUCUCCACGACGAGGGACGCUUGGAAUCCUUGUGUUUCUUUAGUAUGUGCAGCACCCGGACUUCUUUCGGCGACGCGGACGACGGCKUCGGCUCUUCCGUUCUCGGUCGUUUUGCCUCUCGGGGGUCUUCCUUCCCCUCGUCCUUCUGUUUUUGCGGAGACGACUGCGGCGAUCCRCCCGCGGUUCCCACCACCCCGAGCAGACGAUCCGCCACCUGCUCGGCAUUUUCGAUGGUGUUGUUGGCGGGGUUUUCCCACGUCGAUUCCCCCGUGUUCAUGUUGUAGUAGUAGAAAUAUUCGGGGCCCGAGCGGCUUUCUUUCAUGAUCCAGCCGCGGGGGAGRGGCCGGGGAGGGUCGUGCGAUCGCUGUCCCUGCCGCUGCUGKCCCUCGCCUGCGUUGCCGCUGCUCGCGGCCGCCUCUACGGCAUCGGCUACCGCUGCUACGUCUAGGGCACCCGCCAUUGCUUUCUGCGCACGGUUUGGUCSUUCUCGUGUGUGAUAGAACAGGUGCAAAACCGGUGGUGGCUGUCCUGCGGUCCUUAGAAACACCGGCUGCCCGAUGGAGUCGUGAAGUGAAUGUGGGUGCGAGKGCGAGUGCGAGCACCGCAGGCCGGAGCACAUAACAUUGAAGGAAAGCUACUACAGUACCUCAUCGUUGGGUACGGUACGGUAACGUAAUCAGGGGUCACAAAUUUAGACCCCGACCGUGAUGUCGUGUCACUGCUACCGGUAGGGUCCAAAAGUCAGAAGUCAAAACCAAUUUUCUKGAGACUCGGUUCAGUGCGAGUUGCGUGUCUGCCGUAUCGUGGGCCGUAGCACCGUACCSUACGUUACAGACCAUCAUACCGUGCGAGUCUCCUACUGGUAAGUAUGGUAAGUACCUUGGUAUCCAAUAUCCAAAAUCAUAGCCGGUCRCGAUUCCCGAUAGAAAGUUGGACCAAAAUAACGGUUGCGUAGUGCCUACGGUACGUGUACGUACCGUAAGUACUAUUGCGGGGGUCCCAUUCUGUAUGAUACCAACGUACGUACUCGUACUACCAUCCGGUACCCUACAGGUCAAUGGCCAUGAUGCAUGAUUGAAUGUUCAGCGCGAGCACGCUCAUUCUUGAUGCCGUUGAUCAUGACAUCAAAAUAAUCAAAAUCAAAAUAACGACCRAACGAAAAACAAAACCGUUGUCACAUUUUACAGCAUCAAACGUUAAAAUUUGGUAUGGUAUCAUUAUUAUUUUCUUCUUUGACAUCGAGUUCGAAAGAAAAAGCACCCUGCACAUCCAGCAUUCUGUUCGAAAGAGCGAGAGUACCGAUAUUGACAGYMGACGACCAUGACUUCGCGAAAAAUCGACCCCCCUUCGAUGCGGAAGGCAUUCAUYAUGAGUGGCGAURUCAAUGACGACGACGAAGACGACGCCUAUCAAAAGAAAAUUUACAUCGACAUCCUCCUGGACUGGGUAGUCUUUCCUCUUCUACUUUUCGUCCAAUUCGGUUCAAUUAUGUACAGCCAGCAGCAGCAGGGAAUAUURCGCAUCCAAUGGGUACCGACAAYGGCAAUGAUURCCGUG